AUCAGCGAACUAAAAGCUGGCGCAGCCAAUCACUUCCACUUCCAUCCCAAGGCAGCCGGGGCUCAUCCAAUCAGAUCACUAUUUUCCGGCAGCAGCAAGCGACGCGGUGUUAUGUAGCGAGUGAUCCAGCUUGUAUCCGUGUGAGGAGCUUCUGAGCCGGCUGUUCCCAGCGGAACCCGCGCUGCACCGCUAUGGAAACCUUCUGCAGCUAUGACGGCACUGAGCGCUUCUGGGAUGCAAAUCUUACCUGGCAUACAGAAAAUCCAGAUUUCACCAAGUGCUUCCAGAAUACAGUCCUGGUAUGGAUUCCAUGCAUCUACCUCUGGCUCUGCUUCCCUAUAUAUUUUAUAUACCUCCAGCGCAACAGCCAGGGAUACAUCCGAAUGUCACAUCUUAAUAAGGCAAAAACUGCUUUAGGGUUCUUAUUAUGGCUGGUCUGCUGGGCAGAUCUCUUCUAUUCUUUCUGGGAAAGGAGUCAAAGUAUUUAUCGAGCUCCAGUUUUUGUCGUUAGCCCCACUGUGCUGGGAAUAACAAUGCUGCUAGCCACUUUUUUAAUUCAGUAUGAGAGAAUAAAAGGAGUGCAGUCUUCGGGUGUAUUGUUGAAUUUCUGGAUCAUUGCUUUGUUUUGUGCCAUAAUAAUCUUCAGGUCCAAAGUUCUCCAUGCCUUAAAUCAAGGUGCCAGUGUAAAUGUCUUUCGGGAUGUCACAUUCUACACAUACUUUCUGCUAGUCCUGGUGGAGCUUAUAUUGGCUGCAUUCCCUGACCAACCACCUCUCUUUUCCGAAACAGUCAAUGAUCCUAAUCCCUGUCCAGAGUCGAGUGCUUCUUUUCUCUCCAAGAUUACGUUCUGGUGGAUAAGUGGGACGAUGGUUCAGGGGUACAAAAGGCCCCUGGAAACUAAGGAUUUAUGGUCCCUUAACAAAGAAGACACUUCAGUGGAAAUUGUCCCAGUCUUGGCCAAGAAUUGGGAAAAAGAGUACAUAAAAUCUAAAAAACAGCCUCUGAAAAUGAUGUAUUCUCCAAAGAAAACCAUUAAACAAAGUGAGCCAAAUGAUGAAAUGAGGGAAGAGGCAGAAGCUCUGAUUGUAAAGACACCCGCAAAAGAUGCGCAGCCGUCAUUGUUUAAAGCUUUGUAUAAAACAUUUGGCCCUUAUUUCUUCAUGAGCUUUUUCUUCAAAUUCAUUCAUGAUGUUUUAAUGUUUGCAGGGCCAGAACUAUUAAAGUUACUUAUAAAAUUUGUGAGAGACCAAAGUGCCCCAGACUGGCAGGGAUACCUAUACACUGGACUGCUUUUCUUCUGUGCCUGCCUUCAGACACUCAUCUUGCACAAGUAUUUCCACAUCUGCUUUGUUACAGGGAUGAGGCUAAAAACUGCCAUCAUUGGAGUUGUUUACCGUAAGGCCCUGGUGAUCAGUAACUCUGCACGUCGCACAUCUACUAUUGGAGAAAUUGUCAACCUGAUGUCUGUAGAUGCCCAGAGAUUUAUGGACUUGGCAACCUAUAUAAAUAUGAUUUGGUCAGCUCCACUUCAGGUUGUAUUGGCUCUGUACUUAUUGUUUCAGAACCUGGGUCCCUCUGUGUUAGCCGGAGUUGCUGUUAUGAUACUAAUGGUCCCUGUGAAUGCAGUGAUAGCAAUGAAAACAAAGAAGUAUCAGGUGGUCCAAAUGAAGUGCAAAGACGACAGGAUUAAGCUGAUGAAUGAGAUAUUAAAUGGCAUUAAAGUGCUAAAGCUCUAUGCCUGGGAACUAGCCUUUAAGGAAAAAGUGCUUGGAAUCCGACAAGAGGAGCUUAAAGUGCUGAAGAAAUCUGCUUACCUGUCUGCAGUUGGCACGUUCACCUGGGUUUGCGCACCUUUCUUGGUUGCACUGUCCACUUUUGCUGUAUAUGUCCUAAGUAGUCCAAACAAUAUUCUAGAUGCAGAAAAGGCAUUUGUUUCCCUGGCAUUAUUUAACAUCCUUCGGUUCCCAUUAAAUAUGCUCCCUAUGGUUAUAAGCAGCAUGGUUCAGACAAGCGUGUCAUUAAAGCGUUUGAGAGUUUUCCUAUCUCAUGAGGAGCUUGAACCGGACAGCAUAAUUAGAGAGACCCAGAAAAAUAGUCAUGGAUGUAUUGAUCUGAGAAAUGCCACAUUCUCCUGGUCUAAAAGUGACCCCCCCUCGCUAAAAGAAAUAAACCUUACGAUUCCAGAGGGCUCCUUGGUUGCAGUGGUUGGCCAAGUAGGCUGUGGAAAGUCAUCUUUGCUGUCAGCAUUGCUGGGAGAGAUGGAAAAGAAGGAUGGAUAUGUAGCAAUAAAGGGUGGGAUUGCCUAUGUUCCCCAACAAGCAUGGAUUCAGAAUGCCUCUCUGAAAGACAACAUUUUGUUUGGUGGAGAAUGCAAGGAACCAUCGUACAAAAGAGUUAUAGAAGCCUGUGCUCUGUUGCCAGAUCUGGAGAUCUUGCCAUCAGGUGACAGAACAGAAAUUGGAGAGAAGGGUGUGAACUUAUCAGGAGGACAGAAGCAGAGAGUGAGCCUGGCCCGUGCUGUUUAUUGCAAUGCAGAUGUCUACUUGUUGGAUGAUCCGCUAUCUGCUGUAGAUGCUCAUGUUGGAAAGCACAUCUUUGACAAGGUCAUCGGGUCUAAAGGCUUACUUAAAGAUAAGACUCGUAUACUUGUAACACAUGGAGUAAGUUACUUGCCACAAGUGGACUCUAUUAUUGUGAUGGUGGAUGGCAAAAUAACUGAAAUUGGUUCCUACCAGGCGCUUUUGGAACAGGAUGGUGCUUUUGCUGAAUUCUUGCGUACAUAUGCAAAUGCUGAGCAGAACAAUGCACAAGAGCAUACAGAACUGGAAGAGGAAGAAGAAGUGCCAAGCCCUACAGAAGAGAAACACAUGGAAAAUGGAAUGUUGAUUAAUGAAAAGAGUGAGAAGUUUCUACAGAGACAGUUGAGUUCAUCAUCCGAAGCAAAGUCUACGCAGCAGAAUAGCACUGCUGACCUCCAGAAAUCAGGGGCUGAGAAGGAUGACUGGAAACUGACUGAAGCUGACAAGGCCAAAACUGGCAGGGUUAAAAUGGCAGUGUUCUGGGAAUACAUGAAAGCCAUAGGACUCAUCCUGUCUUUUCUGAGCGUUCUUCUUUUUCUCUGCAAUCAUGUAUCUUCCUUGGCUUCCAACUACUGGCUUAGUUUAUGGACAGAUGACGAAAUAAUCAAUGGCACCCAGAAGAACACAAAAAUGAGACUUGGUGUUUAUGGAGCACUAGGAAUGUCACAAGGCAUUGCAGUUUUCGGAUACUCCACAACAGUGUCUCUAGGGGGUAUCCUUGCUUCCCGGUACUUACACAUGGAUUUACUUCAUAAUGUUCUGAGAUUCCCUAUGACAUUUUUUGAGAAGACUCCCAGCGGAAAUCUUGUGAAUCGUUUCUCCAAAGAGAUUGACACUAUUGAUUCAACAAUUCCACAGAUUAUUAAGAUGUUCAUGGGGUCUUCAUUUAACGUAAUUGGGGCAUGCAUUAUCAUUUUGAUUGCAACACCGAUCGUAGCUGUAAUAAUUCCACCUCUGGGGCUGCUUUACUUCUUUGUGCAGAGAUUUUACGUGGCUACUUCACGACAGUUGAAACGCUUGGAGUCCGUCAGUAGAUCACCUGUGUAUUCACACUUUAGUGAGACACUGCUAGGAGCAAGUGUGAUCCGAGCAUUUGGAGAGCAGAAGCAAUUCAUCCAAAUCAGUGACUCCAGGGUGGAUGAAAAUCAAAGAGCUUAUUACCCCAGCAUAGUCUCCAACAGGUGGCUGGCCAUCAGACUGGAAUAUGUUGGAAACUGUAUUGUCUUAUUUGCAUCCCUGUUUGCAGUAAUUUCCAGGUCGACACUCAGUCCUGGGUUAGUUGGGCUUUCUGUUUCCUAUGCUUUACAGGUGACAACAUACCUGAACUGGCUGGUAAGGAUGUCAUCAGAACUGGAGACCAAUAUAGUGGCAGUAGAGCGAGUGAAAGAAUACUCCGAUCUGGAGCAAGAGGCUCCAUGGACUCUUCUGGAGACUAAACCAGAAAGCAGCUGGCCUCAUGAAGGAAAGAUCGAGUUUCAAAAUUUCUGCUUGCGUUACCGUGAAGAUUUAGACCUGGCAUUGAAGAACAUUAAUGCUACUGUCCUAGGUGGGGAAAAGGUUGGGAUUGUUGGAAGAACAGGAGCUGGAAAGUCAUCUCUCACCCUAGGAUUGUUCCGUAUUAAUGAGGCUGCUUCUGGUGAAAUCCUUAUAGAUGGGUGCAACAUAGCCAAAAUUGGUCUGCAUGACCUUCGAUUCAAGUUAACAAUUAUUCCUCAGGACCCAGUGUUGUUUUCUGGUUCUCUCCGCAUGAACCUCGACCCCUUUGAAAAACACACAGAUGAAGAGCUCUGGUCUGCUUUGGAGCUUGCUCAUCUUAAGAACUUUAUUUCGGGUCUUCCUGACAAGCUCAAUUAUGAGUGUGCAGAGGGUGGAGAAAAUCUCAGCAUUGGCCAACGUCAACUUGUGUGUCUAGCAAGAGCACUUCUCCGGAAGACCAAAAUCUUGGUGUUGGAUGAAGCCACGGCAGCUGUGGACUUAGAGACUGAUGGACUCAUUCAAUCAACUAUUAGAAAAGAAUUUGAAGAUUGUACAGUUAUUACCAUUGCACAUCGUUUAAAUACCAUCAUGGAUUACACAAGGGUGAUGGUUCUGGAUAAAGGUCAAAUUGUGGAGUUUAAUUCUCCAAGCAACCUUCUGCAGAAGAAAGGGUAUUUCUACAAUAUGGCCAAAGACGCUGGAUUAGUGUGAAUCUGUUACACUUGAACAUUGUUUCUUCAGAGAAACGAGCUCAAGAAAUAAUGCUUUAUUAACAAGGUGUUCUACUGGACUGCUGUUUAAACCCUCAUUACCCACAGAUCUAGGCAGAAAAGAUUGUAGACUCUGAAUGCCUUUUUUUUUUUUUUUUCUUUCUUUCAGGAAUAUAUGUUUUUUCUGUGACUGAAAUUUUCAGGCUCUCUUCACAUAUUUAAUGUCUAGUUUUAGUUAGUUCUACAGCUAAAUUCCUAUGACAUGGCAUGAAAUAGUAUGACCCCCUAGAUUAUUUUACUUGCUUGAAAGACAUGCUUAUCUACAAUUUAUUUAGUCUACAGUUACAGACACUCCAGUUUGGUUUGAUAAGGCAUGUUUUCAACCCCAAUGUAUAUUGAGAAAUUGCUGCCUUGCUAUGUUGCUGAAUCUGAUUUGUAUUAUUCUAAAAGUUAUCAAAUAUAAUUUUUCAAACAAGCUA